UUGUCUCGUGGAACCCGUACUACCACCACUACUACUAACUACUGCAGCAGUCAGCCGACGAUGAAUUUGCAAUUUACCGAAAUUGCUGCUGAGCACCCGCUGCUGACGUCACGCACAACGCAUUUCUGCAGCCAGACACGUGUGUUGUGACCGAGAACAUCGGGUUUUUGGUGUCAUUUAGAGGAAAAAAUGCAUUUUAACGGCCAGACACGUGUGUUGUGACCGAGAACAUCGGGUUUUUGGUGUCAUUUAGAGGAAAAAAUGCAUUUUAACGGCCAGACACGUGUGUUGUGACCGAGAACAUCGGGUUUUUGGUGUCAUUUAGAGGAAAAAAUGCAUUUUAACGGCCAGACACGUGUUGUGACCGAGAACAUCGGGUUUUUUUGUGUGUCAUUUAGAGGAAAAAUGCAUUUGAGCGUUUGAGUCACUUCAUCAAAAGUUGCUAAAAGUUUUUUUUUUUUUUAAGUAGCUAAAUUUGUUGCUAGGUGCAGUUUGAUUAUUAUUUUUGUUGCUUGGGUACUCUGAAACGUUUCUAAAUCUAACAACAAAAUUGCUAAAUUGGCAUCACUGAUCUCAAUACUGCCGGUGGAUGAGACGGUUGGAGCCUCUUUACCGCCGUUCAUCACACUAUAGAUCAUUUCCCAUAACAAUUGGACAGAAAACGCGGACAGUUUGUUAACAUAACAUUUAUAAAAGAUUUCAGAAAGGAUGUCCAGACGAGGCCGUACCGGUCCGACCGGGCUCCGGAGGAAACGGGACACGGAGGAGCACCGGAAGGAGAGAAGACGGGCUCUGCAGGCCCGACACCGGGCCAACCUGGCCAGCCUGUUCGAGACACUCAACACCGUGGUCUGUCCCACAUCCGACAAGAUGCCUGCUAAGUGGAAGAUCUUGGACCACGCCAAAGGAUUUCUGAAAGAGCAGGAAGCCCACCUGAGCAGACUGAUGCUACUGAAAGGGAUAUUCCUCGGGAAUGAAGACGGGCCGUGCAGCUUGGAGGAAGUGAGGGCAGAGUACCGGAGGCUGCAGUCACACAGCAGCUCCCUGCGCUCCAGAAGACCUGGUGGCCACAGACGUCAUGGCGGAGCUGACGGAGAGGACCUGACUGAGACCAGUGAGGAAGACUCUGCGGAGGAGACUCUGGAUGACUCCGCCCCCUCUCAGACCUCCAUCAACUCUCUCACCAACAUCCUGGAGUUUGAAGGGUACUUGUUGUUCUACAGACAGACACUGGAGAAGUUGGUUUGUAGCGGUGUGCUGAGCCCGGGACAGACUGGUCUGGCUGUAGUAUCUGAAGCUAUCUCAGGCCUGUGGGAUAGCUUCUCUCCAGAGCGCCGGGCAGCCUACCAGACCUGUCCCCCCCAGCAGAGCACCCUGGGCUGGGAAGGGCCGCCAGAGACACCCUCUAAUCCUGUUCUAGACACCCACCUCCACCUCACGCUCCAGCCCUCCACUCAGGCAAACAGCCAGGGAGCCUCAUCUCCUUCUAGCUAUGAAGAGCUAAUAGCUGACUGA